UUUACAAUAUAAUAGCACAAUGACUGUAAUACACACAAUGCUGUCGUGGACACUGAUUGUGGCCAUACUGAUGGUGAACAGUGACUGUGCCAACCACCAUGGUCAGUUACGGCCCAAUCGGCCCAAAUGCGUUGAAGUGCAGACAGUGAUUGACAUCAUUUGCGCCACAAGUCUAUUACAUCACGAAAAACGGGACGAA